UACAUCAUCAGUGCCAUUAGAUGGACCGCCGAGAUCGCGGGGCUCGACUAAUCUAACGGAUACCUUUAAAUUAAAUCGACCGUUGGAGGAAGAGUCGGUUACAUAAAUUGAUUCCCUUUCCCCCUCUCCAAAACCCUUUUAUACGACUCCGAAGAGAAACAACGCUAGAUUUUCAAAGAAAAAAGAAAACCAAAACGAUUGCAAAGCGAAAACUCUAAUCCUUUUUUUUUUUUUUUUUAUCUAAUCAGAUUUAUUCUCAUCUCUAUUGCAAAAGUCUCCGUUGGGGAGCAUCUCCACAUGAAUUUUUGGCUACAUAAUAACGGAAAUCGAUUCUAUGGGAAGCAUUGUUGGUUCGUUAAUCGCGGGCUUCACAAAAGUCAUCGGCGACUUAUUUGGAGCGCCAUUGGACUUUCUUUCUGGCAAGUCUUGCAGCUCAGUUUGCGCUGCGACAUGGGAUCUGAUAUGUUACAUAGAGAACUUCUGCGUCGCAAAUCUUGUGAAGAUGGUCGCUGUAUUGGUUCUUCUUUACAUCGUGCUGUUAUUCAUCUACCUCUUAUAUAAAAUUGGAAUCUGCGGCUGCAUCAGCAAGGGAAUGUGCAAAAUGCUAUGGUCAUGCAUUGUCUCAUGCUUCUCAUCCUGCGAAUAUGUGUCCAUGUUAGCUUGGUUUAAGCUCAAGAACUUGAAGCAAUCGCGGGAGGAACGUAAAAGAUAUCUCGAAGACUACUAUGAUACUUCGAGCGACGACGACUUGGAAGAGAGAAUAUCGUAUUCGCGCGUGCCGAGAUCAACAGAAUUGAGAAGAACUCUCUCUAAGAGGUCGAGAGACAGAAGAAGGAUCUACUUGGACAGAUCUUUAAGGCCGCGAAGCCAUCGGAUUAGGGUCGGGAUUAGUCGGCGUUCGAUUUAUAUGAAUGAGAAUGAUCAAGGAUUAAAGCAUCAUCAUGGGCAUGUGAGUAGUGCACUUCAUAACAUUAAGGUAACUCACACUUCCAGGUUUGUGCAAAAGGCUAAUGUGAAGAGGAUCCACCAUAGAAGAUAUUGAGCAUGGUAAGGAGCAAAAUUUAUGGCUUAGUUCCUGAGCUUUUAAUAAAUUGUAAUUUCUUGCAAUAUGAAUGCUAAUUUUUCGAAAAUCUAAUUGAUUUUUACACAUGUUUUAAUCUUA